GCAGGCGCAGCAGCGGAGGGCUUACCUGCAGCAGGUGCUUAUUCCUGGGAGCAGCACGGAAUGCAGCCGCCUAUACGGGAAAAUAUGCUGCGGGAACGGACCGUGCGGCUGCAGUAUGGGAGCCGCGUGGAGGCGGUGUACGUGCUGGGCACGCAGCUCUGGACCGAUGUCUACAGUGCAGCACCUGCUGGGGCCAAAACCUUCAGCCUGAAGCACUCGGAAGGUGUGAAGGUGGAGGUCGUACGUGAUGGAGAGGCAGAGGAGGUGGUCACCAACGGCAAGCAGCGCUGGGCCCUGUCACCCAGCAGCACACUGCGGCUCAGCAUGGCCCAGGCCAGCACAGAGGCCAGCAGCGACAAGGUCACUGUCAACUACUAUGAAGAGGAGGGCAGCGCCCCCAUUGACCAGGCUGGGCUCUUCCUCACGGCCAUUGAGAUCUCGCUGGAUGUGGACGCAGAUCGGGAUGGAGAGGUGGAGAAGAACAAUCCUAAGAAGGCAUCCUGGACCUGGGGUCCUGAGGGCCAAGGGGCUAUCCUGCUGGUGAAUUGUGACCGAGACACACCCUGGUUGCCCAAGGAGGACUGUAGUGACGAAAAGGUCUACAGCAAGCAAGACCUCCAGGACAUGUCUCAGAUGAUCCUGCGCACCAAAGGCCCUGACCGCCUGCCCGCCGGGUAUGAAAUAGUCCUCUACAUCUCCAUGUCAGACUCGGACAAAGUGGGCGUCUUCUACGUGGAGAAUUUGCAGGGCGUAAAGAAGCUGCUUCAGGAACUCUGUAGGGCCCUAGUUCCAGGCCUUUGCCAAUACCCGUUCUUUGGCCAGCGCUAUAUCCACAUCCUGGGCCGGCAGAAGCUCUACCACGUGGUCAAGUACACCGGCGGUUCUGCGGAGUUGCUGUUCUUUGUGGAAGGCCUCUGUUUCCCCGACGAGAGUUUCUCAGGCCUGGUUUCUAUCCACGUCAGUCUGCUGGAGUAUAUGGCCGAGGGCAUCCCGUUGACCCCCAUCUUCACAGACACUGUGAUGUUCCGGAUUGCACCCUGGAUUAUGACCCCCAACAUCUUGCCUCCUGUGUCAGUGUUCGUGUGCUGCAUGAAGGAUAAUUACCUGUUCCUGAAAGAGGUGAAGAACUUGGUGGAGAAAACCAACUGCGAACUGAAAGUUUGUUUCCAGUACAUGAACCGCGGUGACCGCUGGAUCCAGGAUGAAAUCGAGUUUGGCUACAUUGAGGCACCCCACAAAGGCUUCCCAGUAGUGCUGGACUCCCCUCGAGAUGGAAACCUGAAGGACUUCCCCAUUAAGCAACUCCUGGGCCCAGAUUUCGGCUAUGUGACCCGGGAGCCCCUCUUUGAGACUGUCACCAGCCUCGACUCCUUCGGGAAUCUGGAGGUCAGUCCCCCAGUGACCGUGAAUGGCAAGGAGUACCCGCUUGGCCGGAUCCUCAUCGGAAGCAGUUUCCCCCUGUCUGGAGGCAGGAGGAUGACCAAGGUGGUACGCGACUUCCUGCAGGCCCAGCAGGUGCAGGCGCCCGUGGAACUCUACUCCGACUGGCUGACUGUAGGCCACGUCGAUGAGUUUAUGACUUUCAUCCCCAUCCCAGGCAAAAAGGAAUUUCGGCUGCUCAUGGCCAGCACCUCCGCCUGCUACCAGCUCUUCCGAGAAAAGCAGAAGGCAGGCCACGGGGAGGCCGUUAUGUUCAAGGGCCUGGGAGGCAUGAGCAGCAAGCGCAUCACCAUCAACAAGAUCCUGUCCAAUGAGAGCCUCACGCAGGAGAACCAGUACUUCCAGCGCUGUCUGGACUGGAACCGCGACAUCCUUAAGAGGGAGCUAGCGCUGACUGAGAAGGACAUUAUUGACCUGCCCGCGCUCUUCAAGAUGGAUGAAAAUCACCAGGCCAGGGCUUUCUUCCCUAACAUGGUGAACAUGAUCGUGCUAGACAAGGACCUGGGCAUCCCCAAGCCUUUCGGGCCCCAGGUGGAGGAGGAGUGCUGCCUGGAGACGCACGUUCGAGGCCUGCUGGAGCCCCUGGGCCUCGCCUGCACGUUCAUCGAUGACAUCUCCGCCUACCACAAGUUCCUGGGAGAGGUUCACUGUGGCACCAAUGUCCGCAGGAAGCCGUUCACCUUCAAGUGGUGGCACAUGGUGCCCUGACUGCCUUUUCCUUUUCCUCCUCCGCUGCGGUCUCUGGGUCCUUCCUGUACCCCCAAGUCCUUCCCCUACAAGAAGCAGAUGGGAUUGGGGGAUAUAUGUGCCUUGCUGUCCCCUGGAGAAGGACCUCAGUGUCCACUGAAGCCCCACCCCCACCCCAGUAAGCCCAGCCAUCCUCCACCUAAAACUAGUGGGACAUGUGGUUAGUGUGCAGAGCCCUGGCCAGGGAAAGGGGACAUCAACAAAUCAUGUAGUCAGAUUGUCCCCAGGAAUUCUCAGCCUCUACUCCAGGCCAGAAUGAGGGAAGGGAGAAGGGAGGCUCUGAGGUCAUUGGCUCUCCCAGCAUCCAUCUGACAUUCAAGGUAGACCAGGAGAGGGUCCUGGAGUACCUUGGAUGGUACCCUCACUUCAAGCUCACCUCCCUCGGGGUCUCCUGGUGGCUGGCUCCCUGCACCUGUUCAUUCCUUACAGUUUCCCGUACACGUUGCGUCCCCACUCCCUGAGGGUCCAAUCAUUCAGCACAGAAUCUUCCAGAAAUAGGUCUUAGCAGAGGAGCGUUCUUCACUUUCUGUGGAUGCGGGCUGCCCAAAUUUAGGAGAAAGGGGAGGUCUCAGACUAGCAUCCACGGUCUAAAGUUCGGUAUAUGAAGAUGCUCCUGCCUGUCAAUGCUAUUUCUGUUCUCUCACCUGGUCCUCAAUUCUCUGGCCAGUUCUUGGGCUCAUUGCUCUUCCUAUUUUGGACAUUGACCUUCCUGUUCUGGACAUUUGUCCCUCCAGCAGCUACACAGCCAGAUCCAGGCCUCCCGAGAGCCUGAGAAGCAGCCUAUCUCUCCUCAUGGAUGCUGGCCCCAGUGUCCAAGGAUGCUGGCCACGUUCCAGCCUCAGUGCUCCCUUUCCAGCUAGCUGCUGCUCCAGAGGAGGAAUUUCCCAGCAUGCUUUCCAAAGGCUCCCAUCCAGAUACAGGCAAAUUUACCCCUCGGCUUCCAUUAGAAAGACCCCCAGGAGCUGCAGAGAUGGCUCAGCAAUUAAAAAUGCUCCCUGCUCUUGGAGAGGACCCAAGUGCAGUUCUCAACACCUGCAACUGUCUGUAAUCCCAGAUCCAGAGGCUCCAGUACCCCGUUCUGGCCCCUGAGGGCACUGCACACAUGUGUACAAACCCAUACACAUAAAUACAUUUGUUAGGGUCUGGAGAGAUAGGGCCCGGUGGUGCACAAUCUGCUAUUGCAGAGUACCGGGGUUCAGUUCUCAGCACCCAGGUGGUGGCUCACAACUACCUAUAACUCUAGUUCCAGGGGGUCCAAUGCUCUCAUCUGACCUCCACGGGCUUCUGCACAUACAUGGUUCACAUACACACACUCAAGCACACAUCCAAGUAAAGUAAAAUAAAUGAUAUUUAAAAAAUAAAAAAAAAUUUUAAAUAAAAAAGGUCCUUUAAGGCCAAGAAGAUAGGAAAUAUUAAUUCUACUUUGAAAGGUUAAACAGCUCCAUUUUAUAACCAAAGAAAGGGUUACAGACCUACAUUAUUUUUUUUUAUUAAAGAUUUAUUUAUUUAUUUUAUGUAUAUGAGUACACUGCAGCUGUCUUCAGACACACCAGAAGAGGGCGUCAGAUCCCAUUACAGAUGGUUGUGAGCCACCAUGUGGUUGCUGGGAAUUGAACUUAGGACCUCUGGGCGAGCAGUCAAUGCUCUUAACCACUGAGCCAUCUCUCCAGCCCCAGACCUACAUUCUUAGGGGAACAAGAUUUUUACCUUGGAUUAUUUCCUCAGCUAUGCAAUCAACGGGUUGUAUGCUACUGAGCAGUGGGCACAGACUUAGACUCCGAUAACAUAAGCUAACCGUAGACUCGCUUGUCCCCUGCAGACAAAGCGCACAUCUACGUGGCCGCACUUGCCCUUGCUGUGGUAGGCUCUUUGGGAACACUACCCAGUAUAUCCAAUAAGCAUACGCUCAACAGUCACUGCCUUCGAGAGUUAGGGUCGUGUCUUCUUCUCCAUCCAGUUGGGCCAACAGCCAUGCCAGGUCGGGCCUCAGAGCCUCCAAAGCUGCCAUCAUCUGUCUCUGGAGACAGUGGUCCCUGCUCUUGAGGGCAAAGCCCCAAAUCCUGUCUCCUGCUCCAGAGUAGAAAACACGGGCACCUCUCUGAGGGAGCUGAUGUGGAGAGGUGGGGGCUUGUGGUGUUCGGUUAAAGUGACUUUACUGCUUUUAUUUUUAUCUGGGGUGGGAGGAAGUGAGCACCUCCCAUAUGGCAGCCGCGUGGCUUUGUAGACUGCUACAAUACUCCCUGGUGGCAUUGGUUGUCUCAGAAAUUUCUGGAACUCCAGGACUCAGACACUGCCUGUCCCAUCUCACUUACUCACCCAGUGUGACUCCCCCCCAAGUGUGGAUGCCCCCUUGCCUCCCCUGGGUGGACUCCUUGCUCUUCCCCACCCCCACUGUGUUUUGUUUUGUUUUGUUUUUAACUUAGGCCCAGAUGCUUCUGGGCUACACCAGUUCCUGUUUCGAUGUGAGUUUUGAAAUGCUCCGUGAAGGGCUGAGGGACGGCAGGAAGAUGGCGGGAGCCAGGCAGUACCAACUUCCUGGCGAAGAAGCCAAGAUGGAGACUGAGAAGUGUUUGGGGAAGAGCCAAAAUAAAGAGCAAUAAAAUAAGCCGUCCACGGGAAGCUA